AUGUUCACUGGUAUUGUGGAAUGCAUGGGAACCGUUUUGAAGAAUAAUCCGUACGAUGACACUGAAAGUGGAGGGCAGGGUGUCUCUAUAACCAUCGGUGAUGCUGGAGAUAUUCUUUCUGAUUGUCACAUAGGCGACUCGAUAGCCAUAAAUGGGAUAUGUCUCACUGCCACUGAGUUUGACACUGAGUCAUUUAAAGUCGGAAUAUCACCGGAAACAAUAAAGAGAACCAAUGUGGCUUCGUGGACCCAGGGAGCCAAAGUCAACUUGGAAAGAGCAGUGUCUCAAGACGUGAGGUUUGGUGGCCAUUACGUACAAGGCCAUGUAGACACCGUCGCCAAAAUCGUCUCAAGAAAACCUGAAGGCAAUUCCAUAAUAUUUGGAUUCCAGUUGAGGGACCAAGAAUAUUUCAAAUACAUAGUGGAAAAAGGGUUUAUUUGUAUAGAUGGGACUUCCCUGACUGUAACCCACGUCGACGACCUUUCAAAUGGCGGUGCCUUUUAUAUCAGUAUGAUUAAGCACACUCAAGACAAUGUUAUCAUGCCUUUGAAGAAAAUAGGUGACGAGGUAAACAUUGAAGUUGACCUAACGGGGAAGAUUAUCGAGAAACAAAUAAUUUUGACUUUAGAAAAUCAAAUUUCAAAGCAAGAUAGUACUCUGAACACUAUGAUUACAAAAAUCAUUGAGGAUAAGGUUAAAACCUAUUUAGAUAAAUAG